AUGAACGCCCGCGUGGUUGAAGGCGACCUCAUCGAGGCAGAGCCUCUUCUCACCGCCGAGGAACGCGACUCCAUCGACAUCGCGGACGAAACCACACGUUCAGCCGAUCCAGACUCCGGCCACAACCAGCGCUAUGGCCGCCGAGCGUUUGCCGCUCGCUUCCAGGCGAAAAAGCGCAAGACCAUCAUCGCGUUGCUGACGCUUCUCAUGUUCACCCUGAGCACGAGCGGAAUGCUGAUCCUGAUACCCAUCUUCCGGCUCAUGGAAGACGCCGUCUGCCACAUCCACUAUGAAAAAUCCAGGGCCGAGCCGAUCGACGAGCGUCUGUGCAAGGUCGACAGCGUCCAGAAGGAACUGGCUUACCUGGGCGGCAUCUCGGCCAUGCUUAACUCGAUUGUCGGUCUCAUCGCAACUCUGCCGUAUGGUGUCUUGGCAGACCGCAUCGGCCGCAAGCCAAGUUUCAUCCUAGCAUACAUUGGAACAUUUCUCGUGUUCUCAUGGGGACCUUUGAUGCUCGUGGUCGGCAACCAUGUCCGCCUAGCACCACUGGGCUCCGUCUUCUUUCUUCUCGGAGGCGGCAUCCCGGUUGCUAUGAACUCCCUGAAUGCCAUGGUAUCUGAUAUCAGUUCAGAGGCAGAUCGGGCAACCGGCUUUCUGUGUCUCUCGUUCGGAGCUGUUUUGGGAGGUCUGAUCGGGCCCGUCACGGCCGGUCUGCUGAUGGAAAACCUGGGUCCUUGGUCCCCAAUUAUCCUGGUCUAUUGCAUCACGCCUUUUGUUUUCCUGUUGGUGCUGUUUCUGCCCGAGACACUGCCCAUCAAGCUCCGAGACGCCACAGACGACCAGGAAGAGCGGUCACUUUCCGAAAAGCUACGCGGGGAGAUUAAGGAACUCGCCGUGUCACUGGCUCUGCUAAAGAACCGCAACAUCGCCCUGACGCUGCCGGCAUUCCUGAUUCAGCCCGUCCUGUUCGCAGCCUACUCUUCGACCCUCAGUCAGCAUAUCAGCACAUACUUCGGUUGGUCCCUGGCACAAACAAGCUAUCUGCUUUCGCCCCUGAGUAUUCUGCAACUUGUCAUUAUCGUCCUGCUUCCGAAGUCGUCGGGCUUUCUCACGAAUCCGUCCGGGCGGCUCCGGCUGUCCGUCUUCUCCAAGGACCUCCUGCUGACGAGGUUAUCGCUGCUCUUUCUCAUCGCUGGGGCGCUUGUUGAAGGGUUCAGCCGAGAGAUUGUGCUGUUCCUCGUCGGCCUCACGGUUGGAACAUUUGGCUCCUCCCACGGGCCAUUCUGCCGGGCCGUCACAACAAGUUACGUUGACCCUCAGCAAACAUCACGCCUGUACGCCUUGAUUAGCAUGCUGGAAACAGGAUCCGCGCUGCUUGGUGGACCAGUACUGGCCGUGUGCUUCAAUGUUGGCCUGUCAAAGAGAGGGUUGUGGACAGGGCUGCCAUGGUUCUAUGUAGCCACGCUCGUGCUCAUCCCUUUCGCAUGCCUGGCAUUCUUGAGGGAGCCGAAAAAAACAAGCAAUGUGCCGGACUCAGAAGGAGAGGAUAACGGGAACCUUGGAUAUCAGUCGGGCGAGGAACACGACUGA